ACAGGGGAGGGAAUGUUGGUGUUGGAUGAGACGAUGAGGCGCUGGAAAUUAUUUUUGGGGUCUGUUGCUAGAUUCUCGAGGUCACCCCACAUUUCCAGGAGUAUCUCCAGCCGCGGCGAUUCAAGAUCUCUGGUGAGCGAAAAGAAUCCUCCUCUUCGAUCUUCCAGGCAUUUUGCUGCUCCAAUGGACGUGGCCGCGAUCAAUGCCGCGCAAGAAUGGAUCCACAUCCACAGCAGCUCUUUCCAGCGCCGGGAUUCACACAGAGUGGCAGCGGCAAUCACCCGGCACGAUCGGGACAAGCGCGGCGAGCCUCUUCUCGCAAACUGGAAGUUCCAGUUCGGCAGCUUUGACGUUUUCCAGUUUGGCACCAUGGAAAUGGUCUCCAUCCAGGCCAAAAGCCUGGAAAAAUCUCAGCAAGAUGGCAUGAUCCAGCAGCUUGCUCCCUCUCUUCUUCCAGCAAGCCUGGAGGAGCUCCAGUUUGGCAGCGUGGAUCAUCACCUCCUCGAGCGAAGGACGGCUAGAUCGGUGAAAAACUAUGAAGAAGGAGGAGGAGGAGGAGGAGGAGGAGAUCUUCUUCUCACUGCUCGGCUAGCGAGAAAACGCUACCAAAGCGAGGAAGAACAAAUAGUUAAAAACUCUUUGUCCACGUCCACAAUGGGGCUUUCCUUUUCAUGUGGGAAGCGUGGCUUCCUCUCUAGUGGUGAAGGGGUGGCGACUACUAAACGCUCCAAGGCAGCCAUGAGGUCCUUCUCCAGCUCUUCGCAGCCGGAUCUCCUUCCCCAGGUGCUCAAGUUCAAGCUCCCUUCCGGAGAAUGCAAGCUCGUCCUCCAGCGAGGGGAUAUCACAAAGUGGAAGAUUGAUGGAGAGUCGGAUGCCAUCGUGAAUGCGGCCAACGAGCUAAUGAUGGGAGGCGGUGGAGUGGACGGAGCGAUCCAUCGUGCCGCUGGAGGAGAGCUACUCCGUGCUUGUAGGGACUUGCCUAGCCACGGUGGUGUUCGUUGUGGCGUUGGAAUGGCCGUGGAGACACCGGGCUUCCAGCUGCCUGUGCGGCGGAUUAUCCACACCGUAGGCCCGGUUUAUGACAAGGAAGUGAAAGAUGACUGUGCUUCUUAUCUUGCAAGUGCUUACAGGAACUCGAUAAAGCUUGCAAGGGAGAAGGGCGUCAAGUACAUCGCAUUCCCGGCCAUCUCCUGUGGGAUCUACGGAUAUCCAUUGGACGACGCUGCCAAGAUCUCGUUGAAUACCAUCAAAGAAAAUUCUGAGGGCUUUUCAGAGAUCCAUUUUGUUUUGUUUGAGCCUAGUGCUUGGCAGACUUGGGUGGAUUUAGCAAAACUCAAUUUUGAGCAAGAUGUGAGUGGUUAAUCUUAAUUGAAUAUUUAAGAUUAAACAAAUGUUCAAGUAAAAUAAUUUACUUUAAAAACACAAACUAAAAACUCUUUCAAACUAAAA